AUGAUGUUCAAAGUUGUUAGCAAUAGCAUCUGUGUUUUGUUGUGGAUGUCUAAGCGUUUAACUUUGUUUUGUAGGGAGAUGCUCCAGCACCGAUCAUACACCCAGAAAGUUGAUGUUUAUAGUUUUGGCAUUGUUCUGUGUGAGCUCAUAACAGGGUUGCUUCCUUACCCGAGCAUGAGUGUUGUGCAGGCUGCUUUUGUUGUUGUCAACAAAGGCUCCCGUCCAAUAAUCCCGUAUGAUUUCUUGCCUAUCUUAUCUGAUAUCAUGACCUGCUGUUGGGAUUCAAACCACAAUAAGCAGCCAACUAUCUCUCAGGUGGUCAAGAUGCUUGAAGCGGCUGAGACAAAAUUAUGA